GCUACUCAAAAGCAAACAUGUCUGGACGAGGCAAGGGAGGCAAAGGACUGGGGAAAGGAGGCGCCAAGCGUCACCGUAAAGUUCUCCGUGAUAACAUCCAGGGAAUCACCAAACCCGCCAUCCGUCGUCUGGCUCGCCGCGGCGGAGUGAAGCGUAUCUCCGGCUUGAUCUACGAGGAGACCCGCGGCGUCCUGAAGGUGUUCCUGGAGAAUGUCAUCCGUGAUGCCGUCACUUACACCGAGCACGCCAAGAGGAAGACUGUGACCGCCAUGGAUGUUGUCUACGCCCUGAAGAGGCAGGGACGCACUCUUACAACAGCCAAUCAAAUUAGAUCUCAUCACACAGCAAUGGCAAGAACCAAGCAGACAGCUCGUAAGUCCACCGGAGGCAAAGCCCCCAGGAAGCAGCUCGCCACCAAGGCCGCCCGCAAGAGCGCACCUGCCACCGGCGGCGUGAAGAAACCUCACCGUUACAGGCCCGGCACCGUGGCCCUCCGUGAGAUCCGCCGCUACCAGAAAUCUACCGAGCUGCUCAUCCGCAAGUUGCCCUUCCAGCGCCUGGUCAGGGAAAUCGCCCAGGAUUUCAAGACCGACCUCCGCUUCCAGAGCUCUGCAGUGAUGGCUCUUCAGGAGUCCAGUGAGGCUUACCUGGUCGGUCUGUUUGAAGAUACCAACCUGUGCGCCAUCCACGCCAAGAGAGUCACCAUCAUGCCCAAGGACAUCCAGCUGGCCCGCCGUAUCCGUGGAGAGAGAGCAUAAACUUUAAACACCACAACCACAACGGCUCUUUUAAGAGCCACCACACUUCCAACUAAUGUCAUUCCUGCUACAAUGUUACCACUCAA